AGCGACCAUUCUUAGCUAGAUUUCCGUAUCACGUCACCUUUACUCAUCUAGUACGUAAGUGAAAGUGUCAACACCAUAUUCUGUUUUAAACCAAGCAAAAACCCUCGCCCACCAUGCCGGAGGAACACGAAGAGGAGCCGGUGAUGGACUUCGGUAAGAAGAAAAAGAAGGAGAAGAAGGAAAAAAAGGAAAAGAAGGAUGGCGCUGCCGAGGAGGCCGUGGAGCUUGUUGAAACCGAGUUUGAGAAGGGAGAAUUGAUGGACUACGAAGAAAUGCUCCAGCGGGUCCGCGAUACCAUCGACGCCAAGCACAGCGGGAUGGGCAUCAAAGAGAAAUACACACUCACUCCACCAGAGGUAAUAAUUUAUACAUCGGGUAGUUUCUUCUUCUUGCUCUGUAAGUGAAAGUGUCGCCACUUCCUCUUGUUUUGACUUGAAUAUGCAUGGAAAGAUGAAGCUGCCCAGGUAAGAAAGGUGUAUUCGUGCAAUCCAACUUCACAAAAAAAAACAGAUCACCCGUGUCGGCGCAAAAAAGACGGGCUGGGUGAACUUCCAAAAGAUCUGCGACAACAUGAACAGAAGUACCGAACACUUGAGUUCUUACGUCUUUGCAGAGUUGGGUUGCGACGGAACCAUGGCAGGCGAGGGACAGUUUAUCCUGAAGGGACGAUUCUAUCCCAGAAAUAUCGAGUCGCUGCUCAGAAAGUACAGAAAAUUUAGUGCAUUGUGGUUCGCAGCUUGGAAGCAUAUCUAGGAACGGUGGAUGCAUGGCUUUCGUGGCAGCCCUGCCGGUGGGUGUGAUGAAGAAGUUUGUGAUGCAUCAAAUGUGAAUCCAUUCGACUCGCAAAUACAGGUACAUUCGGGAGUACGUCAUGUGCGCCAUGUGCAGAAGCUCGAACACGCAGCUGAGCAAGGACCAGGCUACGCGAUUGAACAUCAUCACCUGCUCAAACUGCGGGGCGUCGAGGUAUUCGUAUUUUGCGUUUUGUGUUGUGUAUUCCGCAUCAGUAGCUGCAUCUGUUAUGCGCGCGACUGCACAUCAGUGACGCAUUUGUCUCGUCCUUACAUUUCAACAAAAAAACACAAAACAGGACCUGUCAAUCCAUCAAGUCCGGUUUCCACGCCGUGGCCAAGGGUGAACGUAGAAGGCAGCGUACCGGCGGAAACACGCAGGUCCAGGGUUAAGUUCGAAUUCAGCUUCACAUGGAAGACGUGCGUACAACUCUGGGUUUCACGGUUGGACCUGGAUGAGCUUUGCUCUCGUGUGCUCUUGCGCCAAAGAAACCCGAGAAGCGUACGCACGACAAAAAAGUGUACAUCACUUGACCGCACAUUAUAGGACGAUGACCGUGUCACCACGACUACUCUCAACAUCUCUCAAAAGCUCAACAUUUUCACUGCACCCACAAGCAAAAGAUUGACGCAGUACCUGUACCAGACGCUAUACAAGAUUGCAAAGAUUUCACUUUCAGAUGACUUUAUGUGCCGCCCUAUGUAAAUCAAUGUAUCAUCAUAUGGAAAACAAGUGCACCCUCUGCAGAAC